UUAGAGUAGAAGCCCAAAUUAAAACCCAUCGGAAGUGGCGACUCCACCCCUUCCCAAAUCACUCUUCAUUAACUCUCCAUUCGCCUUACACCUUUCCAAGUUUCAACAAUGGACCCGAACACCAUCUCAUCAUCCGCAGCAAUGGCGAAACAAACAUGGGAAUUAGAGAACAACAUCGUUUCUACAACUCCUUCAUCGUCGUCUUCUUCUACGACAACUGACGCUUCUGAUGCCAUUUUCUACUACGAUGAAGCUGCACAAGCUAAGUUUCAGCAAGAGAAGCCAUGGGUAAAUGAUCCACAUUACUUCAAAAGGGUUAAGAUCUCUGCUCUUGCUCUUUUGAAGAUGGUUGUUCAUGCACGUUCUGGUGGGACUAUUGAAGUUAUGGGGUUGAUGCAAGGAAAAACUGAUGGUGAUGCCAUUAUUGUUUUAGAUGCUUUUGCUUUGCCUGUUGAAGGAACUGAAACUAGGGUUAAUGCCCAAGCUGAUGCUUAUGAGUACAUGGUUGAAUAUUCCCAAACUAAUAAGCAGGCUGGACGUCUGGAAAAUGUGGUUGGCUGGUAUCACUCUCAUCCUGGUUAUGGAUGCUGGCUUUCGGGUAUUGAUGUUUCAACACAAAUGCUGAACCAACAAUUCCAGGAGCCCUUUUUGGCUGUUGUCAUCGAUCCUACCAGGACAGUUUCUGCUGGAAAAGUUGAAAUUGGUGCUUUUAGGACAUAUCCAGAAGGUUAUAAGCCACCAGAUGAGCCCAUCUCAGAAUAUCAGACCAUUCCAUUAAACAAGAUUGAAGAUUUCGGAGUACACUGUAAACAGUACUAUUCAUUGGAUAUCACAUAUUUCAAGUCCUCACUUGAUUGCCAUCUCUUGGAUCUGCUGUGGAACAAAUACUGGGUUAAUACACUUUCCUCAUCUCCGUUACUCGGAAAUGGAGACUAUGUGGCUGGGCAAAUUUCAGAUCUUGCUGAGAAAUUGGAGCAGGCUGAGAAUCAUAUGGCACAUACUCGCUUUGGGUCCAUCAUUACUCCUUCUCAAAGAAAGAAAGAGGAAGAACCCGCACUUGCCAAGAUUACACGUGACAGUACAAAGAUAACAGUUGAACAGGUUCAUGGCUUAAUGUCUCAGGUUAUCAAAGACAUCCUAUUCAAUUCUGUCCGAUCAGAUCAAUCUCAGGCAGAAUCAUCAGAACCUGAACCUAUGGUUGAGGCAUAAAUGCAGUACGCUUCUCAUGCAAGAUAAUACUUGGGGGGCUUUCGCAGCGAACAGUUUUCUUUUAAACAUACUAGCUGUAAAUCUGUGGUUGAUUUUUGAGUAUUUAUAAACUUUUCGGAUUCUUACAGUCCCGUUUACGAUUGACAGCAAAUUUCGUUGUUAGUAAUCAAAUGGGUUAAUGUCAUCCGAUUCCACAUUGUUGAGAUUACGA